GUCCUUUUCCCUUCUCCCUCUUUGACUUUCCCGCCAUGGGUGUCGGCGACUUCGAGAGCCCCCGCAGCCCCGCCGAGAUGUCCGCGCAGGAGCGCCACGCCUUGCCUCAAUACGGCUUCGGAGCGGAGGUCAGCUUCGAGCAGCUUAUCGAGAGCAACCCAUUCCUCUUCCGCGUCCACACCCCGAAGGAACCUUCACCUUUCUACGACAACACCGAGCCAUACUUUGUGGGUCCGACGUUCGCUGACAACGUCUCCGGGUCCGCUUUCCGGGCGUCUGCUGUCUCGCCCUACCGAGCGCCGUCAACUUAUACGUAUGCCGACGUAGCACGGCAUAUGGACUGGACCACGAGGGCCGCCUCUCCAUUCGUUUCGACAUCAUUCAGCUUUGCCUGGGCUAUCUGGGAAGCCACCCGCCGUUACCACCACGGUAUGAAGCACUCAGUCGAGAUCGCUGUGAUCGAUGCAAAGGCAUUGGUCGGCCGUGCAGUAACCGCCGUCGAGCUAUUGAGAGAGGGUGCACCUAAAGACCGCCACGCGGACCACUGGAAGUGGUACCGAUACGGCCUCGAGGCGCAGGACGUCCUCGUGUACGGCUAUAUUCCGGGCACCGCGGUGCUCGCCUCCGUUCCACUCAUACACGUCCUCCCCAAGCUCCCUUCGUAUAUGCUCAACCCGGAGCCUUCAUUACUCAAGGACACCCCGGUCUCCCGCGUCGCGUGGGCAUACGACCGCAAGAAACACACCUACAAGGCCUUCUGCCAGGAUAUGUCCGACCGCUUCCUACGCCUCCCCGCGGACCGCCGCACGCGCGACACUUCCGUAGGGGCCGUUCGCCUCGCGAUCGCGCUCCUGCGUCCAUGGUUCCACCGCCUCGCGACGGACGACUUCACCACGUGCACCGCGACCGCGAACGAGCUCGCACUCAGCGUUUCGCGCUGGCCAGGGCUCUGGUGGGUGCGCGAGCACCCCGAGCUGCGCGACCUCGUGCGCUGCCUCGUGCAUGUCGUCGGCGAAGAGGCGCGCGAGGCGCGCCGCACACAGGCGCUCGCGGACGCGACGCGCAUGCAGGACAUCGUCGGCGGGCUUGAGCACCUCGCGCGCUCGUACCAGAUCCGUGGGAGCGUGCGCUUCAACGGCGUGCUCUCGACCCCACCUGUGUCGUCCACGGCAUCUGUUGCGGACGAGGAGGAGGCGAAGGCGGACCGCGAUCCGGUGUUUGGGAUCUCGGAGGAGAAGAACGCGCUAGCGCCUUCGCUGUCAUCCUCGAUGGCGCGCAUGGUGUUCGGCGCGCCCGCGGAGGGCGAGUCGCCGCGCGAGUACUACGCGCGCACGGCGUCUGCGCUGCUCACGGGGUUCUUCACGGGCGCGUUCAUCGCGCUGUGCAUAGCGUCGCAGCACCGGCGCGAGAUCUCGAACCACUUCUCGUGA